AUGCGUUCCGUUUCAUGCAUUGAGCGCAUAGAUCGCCUGAAAAUCUAUAGUUCACGUAACAUAUAUUAUAGAUUUCCAAGCGAUUUAUGUGUUCUAUGCGUCAAAUGAAACGCAAUCUAAGAUAACACGUGUACAUGACAAGUUCGCGUUACUAAAAACUGAAAUCUGAAAUGUCGCGUUAUUUUGAGAGAAGAAAUCAAUGAUAAAAAAUGGAAACGGAAGAGCUUUGUAAUAUCAAUAUCUCUCCGUUGGUGACAAGCCUAUUCGCGACACAAUGGUCACCCGACAAUCAGAUCUCGAUAAUUACAGACGGAGGCAUUCAUGUAUUCGAGCUGGAGCCUUCACCUAUGUCUCCUAACUCGACGAUCAAGUUUGCUCGUUCCUUUAUUUAUCCUUCUGAAAAAUUGCCAGCACAUGCAUUUGCAGAUAAGAUAGACUCAUUAAUAUGGAAUGAUCUAGAACGUGAAGAUAUUUACUCAGUUCUCAUGGAGGAAACAAUUACUCCAAAGUUAGAUGGUAUAAAUGAUAUAGCUUAUAGAAUAGUAAAUACAACAUGGUCGCCAAAAAAUUUAAUCUCUCCUGGCCAGUGUGUAUUAGCAAUAUUAACUGCAGCUGGUGCAGUUGAAUUGUUGCACAAAAUUUUCAAUGAAUGGUAUUCUAUAUGUGAUAUUUCAUCUCUUCGGUUAAAUAAUAUACAGGAUGAAAUUAUAUCUAAUCUUAAUAAAUAUAAAAAAUCAAAUAACAAAUAUGCACUGAUAACUGAAAGUAUGAGACAAUUGCAAGCUUGCGCUAUGACAUGGAGUGAACUGUUCAAAACAGAAGAAGCUUCCUUUGCAUAUUUUUCUGUGGCUUAUCGUAGUGGCGAUAUAUUGAUAUGGAAGAUCCCUAGAAUUUCAAAUUUCACAGAAAGCUUGCUACCUAUACUCAUUGGUAAAAUAGAUUUGAACACUACUGUAAAAGUAAAUGUAUUAUGCUGGAUCACUGUGAACACAAAUGAAUAUCUGCUGGUUAUUGGAUAUUUUGAUGGUCAAAUAUGUGGUGUAAAACUGACAUGUGAUAAUGGUCUACAAAUAGCAUCAAUAGAAAAAUAUAUCGCUCCGAAUCGUAUACCAAUUAAUUAUUUACACAUAGUUUCUCAAGAUGAUUCAAGCGUGAAAAUUCUUGCUAUCAAAGGCACUUUCCUCUUAUUGUUGUAUAUAAACUUGACAGGAACAUUGAAAAGUAUGCAACAUCUGCAAGUGCAAGGAUUUAAUAUUUCUGGUAUAAGUCCUAUUACUGCUCAGCAAUUUUUGAUUACUACACAGGAUAAUCAAUUUUUCAUUAUUGAUAUACAGUCAAACAAUUUAGUCAUCAGUGAUAUAAAAAAUCAUUUAUCACAGACAUCUGUUCAGUCUUUAGGACUUGCUCACUCGCCGAAUAAAGUAAUGUUUAUUAAUAUAACCAGUCCAAAAGCAACAUAUGAUCAUUUAGUCAUGAGGGAGCCAAGUGUAGUGCAUAUAUUCAAUUUAAAAGGUGUAUGUAAUCCAUUGUAUAUUAUUAAUAACAGUGCAAAUCUCAUAAAUGUUUGGGAUUGUAUGGAAGUGCUUAGACUCAAAGCCUCUAAAGCAGAGGAUCCGAGUACAGUAUUGUGUCCCAUUACAGAGAACCUUGAAUCAUUAUCGCUCUACAAUUUGCAACUAUCAAUGUGGAUGACAGUAAUGAUCAAUGUGUGCACGACAAAAAAGCCAAUACCUAAUAUGGAUCAUAUACAAGAAUGCAAGAUGACGCGAGCGCUACCAUUAAUCUUUUUAUAUUCCGCUUGCACAUACCUCGAUAAUUUGACAAAAAAGAGCACUCUGUCAAAAGAUCAGACACUUGCUAUGAGUUUACUUAAAAGAUAUCUGGAAGUGUAUCUCGCCGCCGGAGAUGAGAAGAAGGACGAUAUCGCGUAUCGGCGUGCUCAAGAAACGAUGAAUGCGACUGCAUCAUGUCCCAAUCAAAUCGAGAAGUGCAAUCUUUGUGGCGAAACAAUAGAUGAGCUUUGGAACGUUAAAUCAUGUUCGCGGGGUCAUAAGUUACCCAGAUGCACCACAACAUUGUUGCAAGUAACGUUGUUGGAUUAUUAUGUCUGUUCAAUAUGUACGCGAAUCUUUCAUCCAUGCUUGAAAGAAACGUAUGCGGAACCGCAAUGUCAAUUCUGCGAUAUGCCCAUUCUACGCAAUUUCCACGCUUUUGAUAUAGAAGAAUCUAAACUGUAUGGAAGAAACUUGUCACGGCAACGUAUUAUAGAUACGGAUUCGUCGAGAGAAUUGAAUUUGGAAGAGUCGCACGAAAAUCGAAGAAGUAAGUGGGAUACAUUACAUACUUAUUCCGUAAUUGUGAAUGAUGAUGAUGAUGAAUCAGGUAGAAUUACGGAAAAAUGGGAAAAAUUUUAAUGGAAGGUAUCUAUGAAUGUAAAUAUGUUUGUUAAAAACAAUUCACGCAAAUGUGAUAUUAAACUAAAAUAAUAUAUUUUAUAUCUUUAGAUUUAUAUAUAUAUAUAUAUAUAUAUAUAUAUAUAUAUAUAU